CUGGGAGCCAGCAUGUUCCCCAUGUUGUUAACAGUCUCUGAUCCAAUUCUGUUCCAUGUUAUUCUGGUAGCUGCUCUGUUGGCUCCUGCUCUUGGUGACUGUGGUCCUCUACCCACUCUCCCUUUUGCAUCCCCAGUCAUGCAGUCAUAUGGGACAAACUUCAAAACUGGAAUUGCUCUGAGAUACAACUGCCACCGCGGCUACUGGAGAGUCAACUCAAGCCAUGUUAUUUGUGAUAUUAAUGGAUCAUGGUUCUACAAUGUCUCUUGUGCCAAGAGGCAAUACAGACACCCAGGAGAGUUAGCCAAUGGGAAAGUAGAAAUUAUUACUGAUCUGCUCUUUGGUUCAACCAUAGAAUUCAGCUGCUCAAAGGGAUACAGCCUCAUUGGUUCAGCAACUAGUCAGUGUGAGAGCCAGGGUAAAGCAGUUGACUGGAGCUAUCCUCUCCCAGAAUGCGUGAUUGUCAAAUGUGAGUCCCCUCCAGACAUCAGCAAUGGGAAACACAGUGGUGGAGAUGAAGACCUCUAUACUUAUGGCUCCUCGGUCACCUACAUCUGUGACCCCAACGACUCAUUCAUAGGCAAUGCUUCCAUUUCCUGUGUGGUGGUGAAUAAAACAGUAGGUGUCUGGAGCCCAAGCCCUCCUACCUGUAAAAAAAGCAUCUGUCAUCACCCACAUAUUCCAAAGGGAACAGUUCUUUCUGGAUUUGGACUCUUCUACACUUACCAAGACACUCUCUUGAUUAGCUGCAACAAAGGUUACAUCCUCAAGGGCAGCAGCAUGAUCCAUUGUGAAGCUAACAGCAAGUGGUACCCUUCUGUUCCCACCUGUGAGCCCAAUGGUUGUCAUGUCUUAUCAGACAUCCCCCAUGUUUCCUGGGAGAAAAGUCUGUUUACCAUAAGGAAUCAAGAAGCAUUUGAGAUUAGGACACAGGUGAAAUAUCAGUGCAAGCCUGGCUAUCGACCAGCUCCGAAUGAGCCUCAGACUGCCAUCUGUCAGGAAAAUUUGACAUGGGCAGUUUCCAAAGGGUGUGAAAGGGUGUGUUGCCCAACACCAAAUAUGGGGAAAAUGAGAAUCAUAAGUGAAAGCAGAGAUCUCACUGGUAUAUGUGUCUACUCCUAUGAAGAUUAUGUUCUCUACAUGUGCGAUGAAGGGUAUUACCCUAUUUCUACUGAUGGAAGGAGUUCAUGCCAAGCAGAUGGCACGUGGAACCCUAAAAUGCCAGCAUGUGAGUCAGGUUUCAGAUACGAUUCCAUCAUAGCUGGGUGUCUGAAACCAGAGAUAAGAAAUGGAAAGCUGUCUGUAGAGAAGGAUCACUAUAUUGAAAUGGAAAAUGUCACCAUCCAGUGUGACCCGGGUUACGAGGUGGCCGGUCCCCAAAAUAUCACUUGCUCAGAGAACAGAACCUGGUAUCCAGAAGUACCCAAGUGUGAGCAGGAGGUCCCCGUAGACUGCAAACAAGUAGUUGUGGGCACAAAGCUCAUGGGGUGCCUCCCAAGCCCAGCUGAAGUGAAAAUCACCCUGGAGGUGUACAAGCUGACUCUGAAGGUUAAACAGCUAGAGAAAGAGAUAUACAUGAAGACUCUGAGAAAUUUCCUAAAAAAGGAAUAAAGCAGUCAUUUUUGUCUUUAAAUUGACACACAGAAU